AUGGCGCCUCAACAGGAAACAGGACGGUUGCCGACCCCGUUCAAACGAGCAAGCAGCGAAUCCAAUAUCGAACUCGAGCAUCUUCUGAGAUUAAUGCCAGCAUCUCGCCGAUCGAAGACAGUUUUCCACUUCAAUGACCGAAAAAGCUGCCCCAUGGACAUUGUUCAACGCCCCAAAGCUGACGUGGAGUUUCUGGCAGAGGAACUGUGUGUCCCAAGUCUGAAUGAUAUCCACGACCUCCUCUGGCUAGCUGGACGUCCCAUGCCCCCGCGACCGCUCACCUACCAGCUUACGGCCUCACGAACUAUAGCCGUGGUCGAGGACAUCAAUCUCCAUCUUAUAUGGGAGCCCGGGCGGAUAUUCUUGAAACCCAUUCCGCGAUUCCUUCUCAACGCGGCCUUCUGGACCAAACACCUCGCCUCCUUGAUCCAGCACGAGAGCGACUACCGCAUCGCCGCAAGCAACCACUUGCUGCCGGCGGACGUGGAUUGGGAAUCGUGGCGUCAAACCUCGUGGGAGCUCUUGGAGAACAGCCCCUGCAACAUGACACGGGUCAACAAGCGGUACAGAUACGGCGAGCUGCGACUGUCGCGACUAAACAAAAUCUCCCGCUGGCGCAGCCUGACCUGCUCCGGGGACGGGCUGGUAGGGCUGAUGCGCGGAUACAAAUUCGGCUUCGCCACGUACGGCCAGCUACUCGAAGCAUGUCUUUUCCCAGUAGUCACGGCUACGGCCUAUAUCCUGUUAGUUUUGACAGCCAUGCAAGUCGGGCUUUCGACGGACUAUUUGAAAGACAACUUCGCGUUUCAGCAAGCGUCGUGGGGAUUCACGGUGUUUUCUAUCCUGGCGCCGCUUAUACUGAUUGUAUUGAGCUUUGUGCUUGUCUUCCUAUAUGUCGUUUUCAACUACCGGAGUACGAAGGCGUUUAACCAGAGGAGGAUGCAGUUUUACGACAAUCUGGGCCGGAAUGGAUGUUAA